AUGGAUGGCCCUCCGCCCCCGCCUCCACCUCACGGUGAAAAACCGAACACUACCCAAGGCGAAUAUCGGAAGUCGUCAGACCUUCCGACGGGGAACUACGAUAUUUUCAUUAUCCCGCCCCACUCGUCGGGCUCCGGAUUCUUAUACCUCCCUUCCCUCCAAUGCCAUCGAAAUAGCUUUAUCGCCGGAUCGGUAUGCACACUGUUUGUGGUUCUGUUAUGGGUGACGCUGGCGCCGCUCGUCAAGACGUGGUACGUCGCCACGAUCGCGAGUGGGAGCGGCACAGGAAUGGCCGUCCUAGCCAUCGGAGUCGGCAUUGCCGGUUGGGCAUUCGGUGUAUCCCAAUCGGACUCUGGCUCCGGUGGCUCCCAACAGGGUGGCCGUCCAGGACCCGGAGGUUUCGGGUCUGGUGGAUUUGGAUCUGGGGGUGCCGGCGCCGGCGCCGGUGCAGGCUCUCAUCAAUCUUCAGGGGCCGGUGGAAAUUACUCGAGAGGUGGAAACUUUAAUAACCAGUCUGGAGGACAGCAGGGCAACUAUGGUGGAAACUAUGGUGGCUCUCCUCCUGGGAAUCAGUACGCCGGUAAUCAGUACGGCACUGGUGCUCCUCCGCCUCAACCCCAGUCACCGCCUCCCCCCAAGGCCGAUCCCCCACCCAGCGAUAGUGGCUCGACUUCGAAUAAGAAGCCCCAGAGUGGAGAGGAUUGGGAGAAGGCCCGAGAGGAAACAAAAAGAAAGGAAGAGCUUCGCCGCAAGAUGGAAGAGUUCAAGCGAAAACGGGAAGCGGAAGCGCGCGAAAAGCAGCAGAAGCGGGAGCGGGAGGCCAUGGAGCGAGAGCUUCGUGAGCGCCGGGAGCAGCUCGAGAAAGAGAUGGCUGCGGCUAAAGAAAAGGCCGAAAGGGAAGCCCGCGAGAAGGCUGAGAAGGAAGCGGCAGAAGCUCGAGCAAAGGCUGCAAAGGAAGCGGCAGACGCUAAAGCCAAAGCAGAAAAGGAAGCUGCAGAGGCCAAAGAAAAAGCCGAAAGAGAAGCCGCGGAAGCAAAAGCAAAGGCCGAACGCGAAGCCAAAGAGGCAAAGGAGCGAAGGGAGAGAGUCGCUGCGGUACUCAAGGCAAAGGCUGAGCGUGACGCUGCGGAAGCAAAGGCAAAAGCAGAGAAGGAAGCAGCUGAGAAAGAGGCCGCCGAGAAAGCUGCCGCCAAAAAAGAAGCCGAUGCCAAGUUCGCCGCUCUCAAAGAGGCCGCGGCGAAGAAAUACGCCGAGAAGAAGGCUAAAGACGCCCAAGAAGCGGCAGCCAAGGAAGCUGCAUCCGCAAAGGAAGCCGCAUCCAAGGCCUCCAGCCAAAAGUCAGCAACGGCAAGUGCUCCACCUCCACGCACCCCGUCGCCCAAGAAGCCGCCCUUUCCCAGUGCGCGGACGGCCGCGACGGCGACCGAAGACGAUGCCUACUCCUUUCGGCCCUACGACCGACCUCGGCGGCCGUACGGUGCUGAAUCCAAAUCCUCCGUGUAUUCGGAGUCUUCGUAUGCUCCUUCUCAAUCAACAGCCCGAACCUCGCCGCCUCCGUCGAUCCGAGGCGGGUACUCGACCAAGGAUCCCGACAAGAUUGUUAUUCGUGGCGUGUACGCCUUUAAUAACGCCUUUCCUCGGACUCCAGUGGCACAGUUAGUGUCCGGCCAGGGAAUGGUGACGGACGGGUUGGUCCUUCGUAUCACUACCGAAGGGCUGUUCAUUGACGACGACGUGCGAGGAGUGCCUCAGCGGGAAUGGGACGUCAAGGCAUGGACCAUGAAAUUGGCCGAGGUGUGGUGUCCCCAGUACGGCGGACAAAAGAACCCGCAGGCCCCCAAGCCCAGCAACCUAUUCUUCCGUCGAGGCACCGGAGAGCCCACUUCGGAAGAAUCGGAUGCGUACUUGAACAGUUUGUUGAAGGUUUGCAAGAACACCUGCCGACUUGCUACCCCGGGAGGCUCCAAUCGGAACGGCAGCGCCAUUGGCAGCGAGACGCAGAGCCUGCACGUCUUGCGAGCUAGCAUCCGCGACCAGGAAGGCCGCCGAUAUGUCUUCGUUCUGCAAGAGACUGAAGGAUGGAAGGUCGGCAUCGGCUUGCAACGGCUGCGGAAAGGCACGCAGGUGCGCGCCCUCGGAGUAACGAACAUGGCGGCUAACGAGAGCCGCACGAUUCUCGGAGGCCUUAGCUACGCCUGA